AUGUCGGGCUUCGACUCGGGUCGUGUCUAUUCCGCUCAGGCUCUGCCUGGCUCAGAAGCAUCUCGCGCUCCUGAUGCCCCUGCGCAGACCGAGCAGACGCUCUUCAACUUUGUUCAGACGUUCCGCACAGGCAGCGACUACAUCUACCGUGAUCGUCUCCGUGCUAACCUCCUCGCCAAGCAAUACGUCCUCGAGGUCCAGCUCGAACACGUGCAGCUCUGGAGCAACGAUCUCGCACAAGCACUGCGCGACAACCCCUCCGACAUCCUUCCCCUUUUCGAGUCAGCUGUCAAGCGAGCGGCACGAGCGAUCUUGCAUCCAGUCGUCACCCGUGAUGAGCAACGUCCAGAGGCACCUGACUGCCAGGUGACCCUCCGUAGUCAUGCCAACCUCACGCCUAUGCGCGACUUGCAUGCCGAUAGCAUCUCGCACCUUGUUCGAGUUCCCGGUAUCGUCAUUGGCACCACCACCCUCUCUUCACGCGCAACACACCUGCAGAUCAUGUGCCGAGACUGCCGCACCACCAAGCCUCUCCCCGUCGUCUCUGGCUUUGGCGGCUUCACCUUGCCACGAUACUGCGACUCGGCCAAGAUGGACCCCACAUCACCUCGAUGCUCCACAGAUCCUUUUGUCAUCCUCCACGACAAGUGCCGCUUCGUCGACAACCAGACCGUCAAGCUGCAGGAGGCACCGGACAUGGUGCCCGUCGGAGAGCUGCCCCGUCACAUGCUCAUGUCGGUCGACCGUGCGCUCUGCGGUCGUGUCGUGCCCGGAUCGCGCAUCAUCGCAACCGGUAUCUACUCGACCUUCAACAGCACCAAGGGUGGCAAAGGCGGCUCCAAGGCAGGUGCCAUUGCGCUGCGCACACCUUACCUGCGGGUCGUGGGUCUGGAAAUCGACGCAGAAGGCGCAGGUGGACGCGGCAUGGCCCGCAUGUUCUCCGCCGAGGAGGAAGAGGAGUUUGCUCGUCUCUCAAGGACAAGAGAUCUCUACGAAAAGUUUUCGGCAAGCAUCGCGCCAAGUAUCUUUGGCAACCAGGACAUCAAGAAGGCGAUCGCCUGUCUACUUUUCGGCGGAUCGAAAAAGGUGCUGCCCGACGGGAUGCGAUUGCGUGGCGACAUCAACGUGCUCAUGCUCGGUGACCCCGGAACUGCCAAGUCGCAGCUGCUCAAGUUCGUGGAAAAGGUCUCACCGAUUGCUGUCUACACCUCGGGCAAGGGCUCGUCAGCUGCUGGUUUGACCGCCUCGGUGCAGCGCGAUGCGCAGACGCGCGAGUUCUACCUUGAAGGCGGUGCCAUGGUGCUGGCCGACGGCGGUGUGGUGUGUAUCGACGAGUUCGACAAGAUGCGUGACGAGGACCGUGUGGCCAUUCACGAAUCGAUGGAGCAGCAGACCAUCUCGAUCGCCAAAGCGGGCAUCACCACCAUCCUCAACACGCGUACUUCGGUGCUGGCGGCAGCCAACCCGAUCUUUGGUCGCUACGACGACAUGAAGUCGCCCGGCGAGAACAUCGACUUCCAGACGACAGUAUUGUCGCGAUUCGACAUGAUCUUUAUCGUCAAGGACGAGCACAACGAGCAGCGCGACCGCACCAUGGCCAAGCACGUCAUGAACAUCCACAUGAACCGUGCCAACGACGCCGCGGCGACGGGCGAGUUUGACAUUGAGCAGAUGAAGCGCUACAUCUCGUUCACCAAGGCGCGGUGCGCACCGCGUCUGUCGACCGAGGCGGCCGAGAAGCUCUCGUCGCACUUUGUGGCGCUGCGCAAGCAGGUGGCGCAGGUGGAGCGCGACAAUGACGAGCGCUCGUCGAUCCCCAUCACGGUGCGUCAGCUGGAAGCCAUCAUUCGAAUUUCGGAGUCUCUGGCCAAGGUGACGCUCUCGCCGACGGUGGGCGAGGAGCACGUGGACGAGGCGAUGCGUCUGUUUCGCUCGUCGACCAUGGACGCGGUGCAGGCGGGCAACGUGGAAGGCAUGACGCGCGGCGAGCUCGCUGAAGAGUGCCAGAAGCUGGAACGCGAGAUCCGUCGACGUCUGCCCAUCGGCUGGAGCACGAGCUAUGCCAAGCUGCGCCACGAGUUUGUCGAGAGCCAGGGCUACACCAACCACGCGCUCGAGAGGACGCUGUUCAUCCUCGAGAAGCGUGAUGUGAUUCGUUUCUCGAACCAGCGCAAGGCUCUGACACGUACUGGUGUCUGA